ACGAGGCUUCUUACUAAGGAAGACGUUGUCUAGAAGCUUUUGAAUUACUGGAACUAUCCAAAUGACUAGUUAGGAAUACCUUUAUGAUAGCAACACGUUUAAAAUAAGAAGAUAGAGGUGGUUUAUAACAAACGUCUGUUAAAGCUGUUCACUUUAGCACACUGACUGUACACUUUGAAUUGUUCUGUCUAGAACAGACACUGCGAAUUUGCAGUCGCACUGUUUUAUUUGACAUAAACAUGACUUCUGUUAGACAUUUAGUUUACAGUAGCAGGUUGUUUAACCUCAGCAAAUCAGCAAGUGUGAACACAUCAGUUUCCAGACAUGGCACCCAGUUCAGUACCUCCAGCAGAUGUAUGACUGUUAUGCCAGCCUGGGUUAUUGAUAAAUAUGGAAGCAAUGAUGUUUUACGGUUCACUAAAAACGCCAGCUUUCCGGUCAUCGACUACCCCAACGAGGUUAUUGUCAAAGUGUUUGCAGCAGGAUUAAAUCCAAUUGAUGUCAGCAUGAGAGAGAGAGGGGCAACAGCAGCAGUGGUGGUUAAGGUUACUUGGUGGAAAUGUGGCUAUGGUGCAGCUACGAUGUCUAUGAAGAGAGACCCUCUGAAUAUCAAGCAGUCAGGCAACGAGUUCCCGCUCAUCCUGGGGAGGGACGUGUCAGGAGUCAUCAUGGAGUGUGGCCUGGAUGUGAAGUACUUCAGAGAAAGGGAUGAGGUGUGGGCAGCCAUCCCACCAUGGAAGCAGGGCAGCUUGGCUGAAUUUGUGGUGUUGAGUGGCAAUGAGAUAUCCCACAAACCAAAGUCACUGAGCCACACAGAGGCAGCAGCCAUUCCCUAUGUAGCAACCACUGCCUGGUCAGCCCUGGUCAACACUGGUGGACUCAGUAAGGACAACUGUGCCAAGAAGCGGAUUUUGAUCCUUGGAGGAUCUGGGGGAGUGGGAACAUUUGCUAUACAGAUGCUGAAGGCUUGGGGAGCCCAUGUGACUGUUACCUGCUCCCAGAAUGCUGAGCAGUUUGCAAGGGAACUGGGGGUAGACCAUGUCGUGGACUACACUGCUGGACCCGUUGAGGAGCCCCUUAGUGCACUGGAGAAAUUUGACCUCAUCCUGGAUAAUGUUGGGGGGGACACUGAGGGUUGGGCACCGAGUCUCCUUAAGCCUUGGACCGGCGCCAAGUUUGUCACCCUGGUAACACCCUUCAUCGAGAACACUGACAGGCUGGGUAUUGCUGAUGGCAUGAUGAAGACUGCCACUACAGUGGCCACCAGGGCUCUCAAGGAAGCGCUAAUGCCAGAGAGAAAACAUUACUGAAUAUAAGACGGUAGUAAAACAUAUCAAGCUGCUAAUUCCUGAACAAAAGAUAUUUUGGCCAGUGGAGGAAACCUUUACUGAUCAGCACUUACGGUUUGUGAUUGACAGAUGUGGCAGGUCGUUAAGUUACUUCAUGUUUGUUUGUCUUUCACAUUGUUUACUUUUUAUUCAUUGUCAAAAGAUGGAAAACAUUUUGUCAUAGUUCUUGUUAUCAAAUGUUACUUUUUAAUUUGUUUUGAUUUCAUCUUGAAAAAUAGAUCAACCAACAUUUUCCGUCAUAGUUUUUAUUAAUGAAAUUAACACCGGACAAGGAACAGGAAUAUCCGAUGUGGACACUUGUAGAU